AGGAUCAUCAUAUUAUUAGGCAGUACAUUAUGAGCACUUGCUGCUGUGCUGCUACCACCACCACCACCACCACCGUUGAGGCCCAGCUCGAUAAUAUUACCACUCCACUCUAGAAUUUUAAUCCCAUUUCCCUCUGCAGAGGACUGGGUUCAAAUCUUCUGGCAUUGCUGAUUGUUUUUUUGUUCUGGGGUUUAUACAUAGGCAGAAGGCGGAGUGAGGGGGAAGAAUCUCUUUCCUUUUUCAUAUAACAAUCUGGGUUUUGCUGCUUCUGUGCGUCCGUGGUGGUGGCGGUGUUGAAGAGGGUGAAGAAGGUGAAAUCUGUGUUCUAAUUUUGAAAUUGGGCUGGUGAAUCGGUUCAAGGAGGGAAUCUGAGUAUAUGAGCAUGUACGGGAGGGAUCCAUGGGGAGGUCCGCUGGAAAUAAACGCAGCGGAUUCGGCCACAGACGACGACCGGAGCAGGAACCUUCAGGACUUCGACAGAGCGGCACUUUCACGGCCACUGGACGAGACACAGCAGAGCUGGCUGUUGGGACCUGGAGAGCAGAAGAAGAAAAAGUAUGUGGAUCUGGGUUGCAUCAUUGUCAGCCGUAAGAUCUUCGUCUGGACGGUCGGAUCUAUUCUGGUGGCUGGCUUCCUCGCCGGUUUCAUUACCCUCAUCGUCAAGACCGUGCCGCGUCAUCACCACCCUCACGCUCCUCCUGAUAACUACACCCUCGCCCUCCACAAGGCCCUUAUGUUCUUCAACGCCCAGCGUUCUGGAAAACUCCCAAAGCAUAAUAAUGUUUCCUGGAGGGGUAACUCGGGUAUGAAUGAUGGGAAGUCGGAGACUGGGAGUUUUUAUAAAGAUCUGGUGGGCGGCUACUAUGAUGCUGGAGAUGCAAUUAAGUUCAACUUCCCUAUGUCCUUUUCCAUGACCAUGUUGAGUUGGAGUGUGAUCGAAUACAGUGCAAAGUAUGAGGCUGCUGGGGAGCUCAACCAUGUCAAAGAGAUAAUCAAGUGGGGAACUGAUUACUUUCUCAAAACUUUCAAUUCUUCUGCUGAUACCAUAGACAGGAUGGUUGCACAGGUUGGAGUAGGAGAUACUUCCGGGGGGAGUACAACUCCCAAUGACCAUUAUUGUUGGAUGCGCCCUGAGGACAUUGAUUAUAAACGUCCUGUAACAGAAUGUGGUGGCUGCUCAGAUCUUGCUGCAGAGAUGGCUGCAGCGUUAGCUGCUGCAUCCAUUGUUUUCAAGGACAACAAGGCCUACUCACAGAAACUUGUCCAUGGUGCUAGAACUCUCUUUAAGUUUUCUAGGGAGCAGCGAGGCAGGUAUAGCAACGGUGGUUCAGAUGCUGCAAUUUUCUAUAAUUCAUCUAGUUACUGGGAUGAGUUUGUCUGGGGCGGAGCCUGGCUGUACUAUGCCACUGGGAACAACUCCUAUCUUCAGCUUGCUACUACACCUGGUCUGGCCAAGCAUGCCGGUGCUUUCUGGGGAGGCCCAGAUUAUGGUAUACUUAGCUGGGACAACAAGCUUGCUGGUGCUCAAGUGCUCCUAAGCCGUUUGAGAUUGUUCUUGAGCCCUGGGUAUCCAUAUGAAGAAAUUCUGAGGACAUUUCACAAUCAGACCAGCAUAAUUAUGUGCUCAUACCUACCGAUUUUCACAAGCUUUAACAGAACAAAAGGAGGCUUGAUCCAAUUAAACCAUGGAAGGCCACAACCACUUCAAUACAUUGUCAAUGCUGCCUUCCUGGCUACCCUGUACAGUGAUUAUCUUGAAGCUGCUGACACCCCUGGAUGGUAUUGUGGACCUAAUUUCUAUUCAACUGAAGUCCUGCGUGAAUUUGCCAAGACCCAGAUUGAUUACAUCCUCGGCAAAAAUCCUCGAAAGAUGAGCUAUAUUGCAGGUUUUGGCAAUCAUUAUCCAAGACAUGUCCACCAUAGAGGUGCAUCUAUCCCUAAGAACAAAAUCAAAUAUAAUUGUAAAGGAGGAUGGAAAUGGAGAGACUCUUCGAAGCCAAAUCCAAAUACACUCGUAGGGGCCAUGGUUGCUGGGCCAGACAAGCAUGAUGGUUUCCAUGAUGUCCGUACUAAUUACAACUACACAGAGCCUACGCUUGCAGGAAAUGCAGGUUUAGUAGCUGCACUUGUGGCUCUGUCAGGUGACAAGACAACUGGAAUCGACAAGAACACUAUAUUCUCUGCUGUUCCACCAAUGUUUCCCACUCCACCACCCCCUCCCGCACCUUGGAAACCAUGAGAUACCACACUGAAUAUCGUCCUUUCCUAUAAAGUAUGCGGUGUGGCUUGUGGUUAGAUAAUUUUGUUGGGAGUAUGGUUUUUGGAUUUUGAAUCACCUCGAAGGAAAAUGUAAUGCAAAGUUGUGGAAGAGGAUGGAGACACUCUGUGAAGCAUGACUGCAUUAGGGCAUACUUGCAGGGAUUAGAAAUCAUAAUCAAGUAUCACGGGAUGUCUCUUUGUUUGGAAAUGGUGAUAUACAUUGUAUGUAUGAAAACAAUCAUGUAUUCUUUGAAACAUUAGAAUUUGAACAGUUUGAAUUCACUGGACAAUAAUUUCCACUUAAUGCCUAACAGCUACGAUGUAAUGGA